GUAUGUGUGCCUGUGAGUGUGCGGCGGCGGCGGCGGCUCAGCCUGUUGUUUACAGCAGUCACGUCACAUAGCCGAGGAGGCAGAGAGAGGGAUCACACAAUGAGAGCCGGACCCCCGCCGCACACCGAGCCCGCACGCUGACUGACCGGCCCCGCUUAUCGCCCGCCCCGUCUACUGUGACCUUCAGCGGCCCGGCUGCGGAGGAGGGGGACUCCCUUCCAUUCAUUGGUCCCGGCCUUCUACGGACUGAGCUCCGGGGGUGAGGCGGGUGACAUGGAGGCUGAGGACUCGGAGCUGCUGCCGUGCACUGCGGGUGUCUGCUGCCUACUCCUCACGGCCCCCCGGCGGCGGCGCUGCUGCUGCUGACCCGGAGCCCUCACCUCAACUACACCCGGCUCUGAUUACUCUACUACUAUUACUUACUACUACACCCCGGAGACCCGGGACACCCGCGGGCGUCUUCGUCACGUGACUGCGCCCCUUCUAUCCCAGCAGGGGAGGUAUCUGGGGGUCAUAACCCCCCCCAUCUCGGGUCACGCCGCUCAGUGUCAUCUCGGGGGCAGAACCAAAAAGCAAACCCCACGUACUCCCGGGGGAACCGGGCAAGGUCACGGGGCUCGGAGCACAGCCGCCGCACGCGUCUCCCGGUUCGGUGUGUGUGGGCUCCGGCCGCCAUCUUUCUCCCGGGCUCUUCGGGGCCGCCGUGGAUGUGAUCGGAUACUACUCUUGUGUGGACAUGAAGGCCGGAUCGGGCUGGGGGGGCCCGGCCUGGCUCUCGGGGGUCCCCCUGCUCCUACUACUGCUGCUGUGUCUGUGCCCAGGACAGUGCCUGGAGCCCCUGGGUGGUAAAGUUUGCAGUAACAGCAUGGACAUCCGGAAUGAUGUAGAGGAGCUCAAGCAACUAGAAGACUGUGUUGUGAUAGAAGGCUUCCUCCAGAUUUUGCUGAUCUCCAAUGCCAAGGCUGAAGAUUUCCGAAAUAUGCGGUUCCCUAAACUUACUGUUAUUACGGACUAUCUUUUACUUUUCCGAGUUUCAGGCCUGGAAAGCCUGAGUGACCUCUUUCCCAAUCUGACAGUCAUCCGUGGUCGCAACCUCUUCUAUAACUAUGCCUUGGUCAUUUUUGAGAUGACUGACCUAAAAGAGAUUGGGCUGUACAGCCUGAGGAACAUUACUCGUGGUGCUAUACGGAUUGAAAAGAACUCUGACUUGUGUUACCUGUCUACAGUGGAUUGGUCGCUGGUUUUGGAGGCUGUCUACAACAACUAUAUUGUCGGUAAUAAGCCACCAAAGGAAUGUGGGGAUAUGUGCCCAGGGGUCAUGGAGGAUAGGUCUGUGUGUCCGAAAACAACCAUCAACAAUGACUAUGCACACCGCUGCUGGUCCGCCGACCAUUGCCAGAAAGUGUGCCCCAGUGAGUGCGGGAAACUUGCUUGCUCCAACCAGAACGAGUGCUGCCAUCCAGAAUGCCUGGGAAGCUGCAAUGCUCCAAACAACGACAGUGCUUGUGUGGCCUGCCAACAUUUUUACUAUGAGGGCAGAUGUGUCCCCAGAUGCCCUGAGAACACCUACAGCUUUGAGGGAUGGCGCUGUAUCUCUUUAGAAGACUGUGCCAGCCUGCACACGUAUACUGGCUUAAAUCCCUUUAUCAUCCACAACGGUGAAUGCGUAUAUGAAUGUCCGUCUGGAUACAUUAUCAAUGGAAGCAUGUUCUGUAGUCCUUGUGAUGGUCUCUGUCCUAAAAUCUGUUACUCAGAUGAAAAAACUAUUGACUCUGUCACCUCUGCCCAGAUGCUAGAAGGGUGCACCGUGCUGAAAGGAAACCUUCUGCUCAACAUCCGCAAGGGCCAAAAUAUUGCUGCAGAGCUGGAGAAUUUCUUGGGCCUGAUCGAGACUGUGACUGGUUAUGUUAAAAUCCGCCACUCCCAUGCAUUGUUGUCUCUCUCUUUCCUGAAAAACCUACGUUACAUCAAUGGAGAGAACCAAACUGAUGGGUCUUAUGCCUUUUAUGUUCUGGACAACAAUAAUCUGCAGCAGCUGUGGGACUGGUCGAAGCACAACCUCACCAUCAAGCAAGGCAAAAUGUACUUUGCUUUUAACCCCAGGCUCUGUUUGAAAGAGAUCUACGAUAUGGAAAAUGCAACAGGAACCAGAGGAAGGCAGACAGAGUUGGACAUAAAUCCCAGAAAUAAUGGAGAUAUGGCUCCCUGUGCGACCUAUACUCUGAAUUUCAUCUCUAACUCCACAAGUAAGAACAGAAUACUACUGAAAUGGCAACGUUACAGGCCCCCUGAUUAUAGAGACCUCAUCAGCUUCACUGUCUACUAUAAAGAAGCCCCUGUUCCUAAUGUGACGGAAUAUGAUGGUCAAGAUGCAUGUGGGUCGAACAGCUGGAAUAUGGUGGAUGUAGACCUACCAGAAAGUAAGGAUCAGAACCCAGGGAUUCUCCUGCAGGGCCUGAAGCCCUGGACUUCCUAUGCAAUCUUUGUAAAAGCCCUUACAUUGACUAUGUUGGAAAACCAUCAGAUUCAUGGAGCCAAGAGCAAAAUUGUUUACAUUCGGACAGAUGCUGCAGUGCCCUCCAUUCCUUUGGAUGUCAUAUCUGCCUCCAAUUCAUCCUCCCAACUGAUUGUAAGAUGGAAGCCUCCUUCUCUGCCAAAUGGCAAUCUCUCCUAUUACAUUGUGCGCUGGCAGCAGCAGCCCCAGGACAGCUACCUGUACCAAGACAACUACUGCUCUAAAGAGAAAGUCCCUAGUCGAAAAUAUGCCAAUGGGACCAUUGACAUGGAGGAAGAAAAUGAGCCCACCAAGCCAGAAUUUGGGGAAGGGCACGAAAAGGGAACUUGCUGUAGCUGUCCUAAAACUGAGGCUGAGAAGAAAGCUGAGAAGGAUGAAGCGGAGUACAGGAAGGUGUUUGAGAACUUUCUGCACAACUCCAUCUUUGUACCAAGGCCUGACCGCAGACGUCGAGAUGUGUUUGCAGUUGGCAAUGCAACAUUGGCGGGCUACAGCAGAAACGGCACAGCCCAGGACUUCUCUAAUAUAUCAGACUCUGAUCCAAAGGAGUUGGAGUAUCCAUUCUUCGAGACAAAGGUGGACCAUAAGUACCAGAGAACGGUCAUCUCAAACCUGAUGCCAUUUACGCUGUACCGUAUCGAUAUCCACAGCUGUAACCAUGAGGCAGAAAGCCUUGGUUGCAGCGCCUCCAACUUUGUGUUUGCCAGAACCAUGCCUGCAGUUGGUGCAGAUAACAUACCUGGACCUGUCAUCACUGAGGAAUCCGAUGAUAAUGCUAUUGUCCUGAAGUGGCCGGAGCCUGCUAAUCCCAAUGGACUCAUCCUGAUGUAUGAGAUUGAGCACAAACAGCAGGGGGAGCCUCUCAGUAGCGAAUGCGUCUCUAGACAUGACUACAGUAAGAUGGGAGGUGCCAAGCUUACAAGACUAAACCCAGGCAAUUAUACCGCACAGGUGCGAGCCAUUUCACUCUCUGGAAAUGGUUCCUGGACCGAGACUGUGUCUUUCUAUGUGAAGGAGAGAGUUAUUGAAAAUGACAAUCUCUUGCAUCUGGCUAUAAUUUUACCCGUCACCACAGUGAUUUUGCUUGUGACAAUUUCCUUCAUCGCCUACUAUGUUACAAAAAAGAGGAACAGUGAAAGACUGGGAAAUGGAGUGUUAUAUGCCUCUGUAAACCCUGAAUACUUUAGCGCAGCUGAAAUGUAUGUGCCCGAUGAGUGGGAGGUGCCUCGAGAGAAGAUAACAAUGAACCGGGAGCUGGGACAGGGAUCAUUUGGAAUGGUGUAUGAAGGGAUUGCGAAAGGGGUAGUGAAAGAUGAAGCUGAAACCAGAGUGGCCAUCAAAACUGUGAACGAGGCGGCCAGCAUGAGGGAGAGGAUUGAGUUCUUAAAUGAGGCGUCAGUGAUGAAGGAAUUCAAUUGUCACCAUGUGGUGCGGUUGUUAGGUGUUGUUUCUCAGGGUCAACCAACCCUUGUAAUCAUGGAAUUAAUGACUCGAGGAGACCUCAAAAGCUAUUUAAGAUCUUUAAGACCAGACUCAGAGAGUAACCCUGGGCAACCUCCCCCUUCCUUAAAGAAGAUGAUCCAGAUGGCAGGGGAGAUUGCAGAUGGGAUGUCAUAUCUCAAUGCAAAUAAAUUUGUUCAUAGAGACCUAGCAGCCAGAAACUGCAUGGUGUCCGAAGAUUUCACAGUCAAAAUCGGAGACUUUGGAAUGACCCGAGACAUUUAUGAGACCGAUUAUUAUAGAAAGGGAGGAAAAGGUCUCCUUCCAGUGCGCUGGAUGUCCCCAGAAUCUCUUAAGGAUGGGGUCUUCACCACCAACUCUGAUGUCUGGUCAUUUGGUGUAGUGUUAUGGGAGAUAGCUACACUGGCUGAGCAGCCAUACCAUGGCAUGUCCAAUGAGCAGGUUCUCCGAUUUGUUAUGGAAGGAGGUCUUCUGGAGAAGCCAGACAACUGUCCAGAUAUGCUGUUUGAGUUGAUGCGCAUGUGCUGGCAAUACAACCCUAAAAUGAGGCCCUCAUUUCUGGAAAUAAUCAGCAGCAUUAAAGACGAGCUUGAUCCAGCAUUUAGAGAGGUGUCAUUUUUUUAUAGUGAAGAGAACAAACCUCCAGAUACAGAGGAGCUGGACCUAGAGGCAGAGAACAUGGAGAGCAUUCCAUUGGAUCCAUCAUGUACCUUGCAGACAUCAGAGCAUCUCGUGGGACACAAGGCUGAGAAUGGCCCAGGUGUAGUUGUCUUAAGGGCAAGCUUUGAUGAGAGGCAACCAUACGCACACAUGAAUGGGGGGCGCAAGAACGAGAGAGCACUACCUCUCCCCCAGUCCUCAGCCUGCUGAUCAAGGCUGGAGGUCUGACGAACACUUGUAGAAGUAAAGCCCCUCAUGUGCAUCUAAGACUUAACAUGCAGGAGGCUUCCUCCGUAUCUGUGCAAACACUAAUCCACUUUCACUUUUGGUUGGGCUUUAGCUGCCUACCGAGUUGGCACUGGAGGACAUGGUACGUCAGGCCAGUGCCCCCCCUCUGACUGUGUGUCACGGUAAGCCUGUACCUGCUCUCACACAACAAGGAUGAAAGCACUUCUUUCUCGUCAAGUUUUGGGCCAGAGCAAAGCAAAAAAAAAAAAAACUACUUUUUACCUUUGGCCCAUUCUGCGAAAGACUAGUAAUGUUAAAGCAUUAAAGCAUAAUGCAACCCAGAAAUUUAUUUAAUUCUGACAGUCUUUGCCAAAUAGAUUUUUUGUUUUUGUUUUUUUGUUACAGCAUGGACAGUGCAGAUGUAUGAAGUCCUUUUUCAUAUCACAAACCCAUGCACACUUUAAUACUUUUUUUGUCUAUUGGGGAACUUGCUAUCUAAAUUAAGCAUUAAGUUUUUCUUAAGUUUUUUUUUAUUUUUAUUUUUUUUUUAUGUUUUUGCUUGUAUUGAGGUGGGAAGUGGAAUAAUCCUGUAAAUAUAUACAUAUGUGUAAAGUAAUACAUUCUGGAGAAAACUGGCAAAAUAUCACAACAUGUCACAAGGAAAUGCAGACAGGGGUUUAUGGCAAAGUGCAAAACGUUACUUUUCAGGGUAUUAUGUUGGAUACAGCACGGAAAAUGUUUGUUUGCAAGAAGUACCGUGUAUUCAGGUAAACAGAUUUUUAGGCAAGAAAUGUUUGAGGGUCCUGUUUGUGAUAGAAACGUUCUAGAAUAUGAGACUUACCUGCAAACCCUAGCAUUCUCCACAUCUCUAAACUUACUUUCUGGCACCUCAUACAUAAUUAUUUUAUUUUUAUUUUUUGGGUGGGGUUUUCUUUCUUGCGACAACUUUAUAGAAGGUCCUUACAGUUCAAUGUGAGGUCAUAGCGUCAUUUACAUACACAUUUUGUGUCCCUUUUAUAACUUUUUUAUGGUUCAGAUAUUCAUCUAUGUCUGUACAGAAAAAGGCUGCUAUUUUUUCUUUAUCUUUUGUGUAUUUAAUCUAUGAUAGAAAAAAAAAAAAAACUAAAAAAAAAAAUGCACCUUCAGGUCUACUCUUCCAUCUCUUCAUGUUCCUAUCAAGCCGCUUCUCUUUUCACAGGGCACACCCAUACACACUUUGCUAGAAACUUCCAUUUACUGGGAUGGGAGACUUUUUGGAUUAUUGCAUUAUUCUACGCCACUUCAACACAAUAAUGCCCUCACAUUGUGCACCUCCCACAAAAGAACUUGUAGUAUUAUCCAUUUGUUUGUUUAAUGCCUUUUUGUGUGUAUGUUUUUUCCUUUUAUUAUCAUUAUUAUUAUUAGACUGUUUCCUACACAUGUUUAACUAAGUGUCUAGGGAAAGGUGGAGGGGCAGAGAAAAGUGUCUUAUGAUACAGUGUAUAACUAACUUUUGUCCUUUAUCUCCUCACACAGCGACCAUUCUGUCAUAAUGCAAUGCGUCAAACAAAAACUCAGGUUUAAAAAAAAACAAACAAAAACAUCAUACAGUUUAAUCUUUACAAAAUUCUCUGUUUUGUCCCUGUACUUCCAGUUGUCAGUGGCAGAACACUGGCUGCUACCUACAGGGCCGCUCACAUAUUUCCAGAUCUGUUGUCUGUAUGUGUAUGUUGUCUAUUUGUGUGGAUUGUUAGAUACAGCUCCAUGCUUUAAGUCUCUGCUUGUAUCUUGGGAGCUACUUUUCAUGGAAAAACUCUUCAGUCCCAAGGAUGAACUGUAUCCGAUACACAGACCAAAUUUGUUUUUUAACUAAAUUGAUUCCAUUCUACUUGUCACUGACUUUAAGUGCAGUAAGCCCACCUUGUGGUGCCUUAUUGUAUCUACAGGCAUAAUAUAAACACAGGCAAUGCAUAUAAAAAGAUGUCUGGGCGUACAGGGCUCUGUCUUAGCUGUGAUAUAUUAUCCAAUAUAUUCGCACUGGGGCUGGAUACAUUUUAUAGUUGUCAAUUGACAGUAUUGAUUUUCCAAAUACUCCCUUACCAUGCGGUAACUUUGCACCAUGCACUAACUUUGUCUGUAGCUGUAUAGACGAAGCCUUUACUUAAAUAGUAUCAGUGCACCAAAGAAGUCAGUCUGAACAAUGAGUGCAAUUGUUUUUCUGCUGCAUUGCACCAUGACCUAUCCUGUUGUUUAGCACUACACAUGAAUGGUAUGCUGCCAUCAUUUGUGCAGUUGAAGAAAAAAAACAUGCAUAUUUGUUUUUCUUCCAGAAUAUUUCAACAAAUGAGAUGUUGGAUACAUUUCAUUUUAGUUUAGUUAAAUGCAAUGUGAUGGCUUCAACUGAAGAUACUGAAUGCAGUUAUAUAAUGUUAGUUCAUUCAAUGGGCUCUUAUGAGACCUAAAUUAAGCAGAAUACGAUACUUCUAUUAACUCCUAAUCCAUUGCAUGUCUGUGCGCAUAUAUAUAUAUAUAUAUAUAUAUAUAUAUAUAUAAAAUAAGAUAUAGUACAUUUGUGAGUUACACGGAGGCUUGCUUUACAGCCUUAUUCAUUUGCAUUGCCACUUGCUGCGCUUAAAGACUUGACCUUAGUCCACAUUUAGACCAAAAUACCAAUCUUUCAAUAAUAACAUGAUCUAGGGUGCCAAAAAUGUGCUGUACCCAUAGGAAGUAAUCUGAUAUUGACACUGUGUGAUCUAGAACCUUUGAAGCACUUAAAGGGUUAUUCCAGUAACUAGAGAUGAGCGAACUUACAGUAUAUUUGAUUCAUCACGAACUCGG